GUGUUUCAGGAAAUAGGGCAGAGUUUGGUGUAUUGUUGUGACGGAACUUGCUCGCUGGGUUUUAAAUCUACCCGACGUUAACUGCGGUCUACAAAACCACCUGUCUGUGUUUUGCUUAUUUGAUUUGCUCUUUAGUGAAGCAGAGGCUGUGAGAAUGCCGCCUAAAAAACGCCACUCUGGGACGACACAAAACAAGGAGCCGAAGCCCAGCGCUGACAGCGCUUCUCCUCCAGACAAGCAGGAUAGCCCAGAGUUAUCUGAGAAAAAACACAGAGAAAAGCACGCUGAGUUUGUGAGUCUGUGUAAGAGCCUUCAUGUUUCAGACCUGGUGUGUGACCGAGCCUGGACCCUGUGGGAAUCCGUUCGGGAAUCCAUGGAUAAAGUCCCUGGCAGUCAGCAAAGACUUUGGGGCGCUUGUCUGUUUGUGAUCAUUACGGACAUGGAUACUGGUAGCUUUACUGUCACCCAAGUUUUGAAAGCUGUCAGUCUGAAUUUGAAGCAGUUUUUGGCUCUGGUGAGACAACUGGAUGUUAACCUGGAUACAAUAAGCAUGAAGGUCAACUCAGCACUGACACGACUGGAGAAGAAGUACGACGUAAUGCUGGCUCUUUACCAAAGAUUUGAGAAAACGUGCAAGAACAUCUUUGUUCUGACAUCUGAUGGCAGGGAGAGAGAGACCAUGCGGACCUGCUGGACAAUGUUUCUUUUGGCAAAAGGAAGAGCUUUGCAGAUGGAGGAUGACCUGGUCAUAUCCUUCCAGUUGCUGCUUUGCACGCUGGAGUUGUUUAUCAAGCGCUGCUCUUCAGACCAGUUACAGUCUUUAUAUCAAUCGGCCAUUAGCAAGGUCCUGAGCCCACCGACACGAACAUCUCGCCGCAACCAGAGCAAAGCCAAGUCCCGACCUUCAGAACCAGAGGUUGAUGCGCAGCUUCUUGAAACCUUGUGCAAAGACAACGAAUGCAAUUUCGAAGAGGUGAAGAACGUGUACCAGACCAGCUUCUUGGCUUUUCUGGACUCGACGGAUCUUUCGAGAUCCAUCGACUUUCCUCAGGUGAAUGAUGUCAACCAACAGUAUGAAGAGCUCUACCUCAAGAGCAGAGACAUCGAUGGACGUCUGUUUUUCGACGGGGAUGAGACCGUUCUUCCUCCUAAAUUCGAGAUAUCAAAGGUGGAGAGAACUCCAAAGAAGAACCAGCCAGAGGAAGAUGGGCCGAUGAUCCCUCCUCAGACUCCGAUCAGAGCUGCCAUGACCUCUAUUCGGAUGCUCAGAGGAGAUCUUCCCUCCAACGGGGAUCAACCUUCUACUACACUGACCACAUAUUUCAAAAAUUGCACUGUGGACCCGACGCAGGAUGUGCAGAAACGUUUAGAGACACUUGGUCAGGUUUUUAGCCAGAAGUUUGGCGAAGCAGUGGGGCCUCACUGUGUUGUGUAUGGCAGGCAGAGAUUUGCCCUUGGCGUAAGAUUAUACUACAAAGUAAUGGAGGCUAUGCUGAAAUCGGAAGAGAAGCGUCUCUCCGUGCAAAAUUUCAGUAAACUCCUCAAUGACUUCACGUUUCACACAUCACUCCUGGCCUGUUCUUUGGAGGUCGUCAUGGCAACAUAUGAAGAGAGUAGUUUCAAGAACGGAGGAAGUGACCAAACUGGAACGAACUUGUGCUUCCCCUGGAUUCUGAACGUCCUCAACCUCUCCGCCUUUGACUUCUACAAAGUGAUUGAGAGCUUCAUCAAGGCUGAACCGACGCUGAGCAAAGACAUCAUCAAACAUCUGGAGACCUGCGAGAACCUCAUCAUGGAGAGGAUCGCAUGGAGGACGGGCUCUCCGCUGUUUGAGCUUCUGAAACAGGAGCAUGCGAGCGCAGCAGCGGAGCCGGUGGAGACUCCAGCCAGUUUCAGCCAGCCGCUGCAGCACAGCCACACCGCCGCGGACCUAUAUCUCACACCAACACGCCCAGCAUCGCGGGUCUUGCCUCCUGAUUCCCCGGCCACGCCUCCCCAGCAGCCCACUGCUUCUCAGUCCACCUCCCAGGCGCCCUGCCAAGCUCCGAGGCAGCCAAAGUCUAACUCCCUCAGUCUCUUCUAUAAAAAAUUGUACCGCCUGGCCUAUACAAGGCUAAAGACUCUCUGCUCAUAUCUGCUGUCCUCUCACCCUGAACUGGAGCCUAUAAUAUGGACCCUGUUUCAGUACACCCUGCAGCAUGAGUAUGAGCUGAUGAGAGACCGCCACCUGGACCAGCUGAUGAUGUCGGCCAUGUACGCCAUAUGCAAAGUGAAGAGUGUCGAUCUGCGCUUCAAGUCCAUCGUUUCGGCCUACAAGAACAUGACAAACACCAACCAGGAGACCUUUAAGAACGUGCUGAUCAUCGAGGGCCACUAUGACUCCAUCAUUGUCUUCUACAACCAAGUGUUCAUGCAGAAGUUAAAAACGAAUAUCCUGCAACAUGCGUCCAUCAGGCCGCCUCCCCUUUCUCCAAUUCCACAAAUUCCUCGCAGCCCAUACAAGUUACCCAACUCUCCUCUGCGUGUGCCUGGGAGCAACAACAUCUACAUCUCCCCUUUGAGAAGCUCCCGCAUGUCGCCGGGUAUCAUGACUCCUCGCUCCAGAAUGUUGGUGUCCAUUGGUGAAUCAUUUGGGCUGGGCAAUCGCUUCCAGAAGAUCAACCAGAUGGUCAACAGCGAACGCUCCCACAAGAGAACGAUGGACCAAAGCGCCGCCAUCAAGCCUCUGAAGAAGCUGCGCUUUGAUGUGGACGGGCAGGAUGAAGCAGACGGCAGCAAACCUGGAGGGGAUUCGACCCUGAUUCAGAAACUUACAGAGAUGAGCUCCACUUGGAGUCGCAUGCAUGAGCAGAAGAUGAAGGAGGAGCCCGAAACGAGGGACGAGCCACAGUAAAGCCU